ACAGCACGAGCGACACGGUGUGUUUGGGAUGCAUUUGGGAAACGAGAAGCGGGUACAAAAUGUAUCAUGCAUUCCUCUCCGUUUAAAAUGAGCGUUUGCACUCGACAAAACAGCUAUGUUUUAAGUCUGUUUAGCGCAGGGUUUUUUUUUUCUUUUAGAUAAUUACGAGGUUAAACAUCUGUUUUGCAACGGGGGUUUUCAGAUCGAUCCUCAAAACAGGCAAAACUCUGAUGUUUUUUUUUAUUUAUUUUUUAUGUUUUUGACACGUUUAGUGUUUUUCAGCCUGGUUUUACACCAUUACUCGAAGAAAUAGAUCUCACGGAUGGACGCAUAUUUUCGUGGAAAUGCGGGAUGUCGGAGCUUCAAACAUCUGGCGAGAGAAGGAUGUGUAUCUGAGUCUAAGCGUAUAAAGAUGUGACUGAUGCCGCAUCAUAUAUUUCAAAAAAGCCACAGAGGAGAAUCAAGGCAUCAUCUAUGGUUUGGAGAAGAGAGACUUGUUUGUGAGGCCAUGUGGAGAAAAACCCCUCAGUCGGGUUACAGUAAGGAAAGGGGAGUAUGGGGGGUCUGCCUCCAUGCUGAGAUGUGUGCUAGCGACCUGUCCAAGAGGCUGAGCUUGCUCUCUUUACCAUGUAAAUGCAAAAAGAAGCAUGCUUUAUUCCUCCACUAGUCCACCUGUGGCUUCAGGGCAGCCUAGCGCCACCCUGUACCCCACGCCCAAGGUGCUGACCCAGCCAGCGGGUACAAGAGCCAUGGAGAAUUCCUCGGCAAAAGUCAACAGCUCGCUAGAGCUCCGGACGCUAUCGGAAUACGUAACGCCUUCAGCUGUUUGGCAGGACCCUGUUCAGGGCCUGAACCUGCCCCUCCAGGUGUUCUUUGGCCUGGUCAUCAUCUGCGUGCUGCUGCUGGCCUUCCUCGGAAACAUGGUGGUCUGCCUCAUGGUUUACCAGAGAGCCGCUAUGCGUUCCGCUAUUAACAUCUUGCUGGCCAGCCUUGCCUUUGCCGAUAUGAUGUUAGCGGUCCUCAACAUGCCCUUUGCGCUAGUCACAAUGGUGACCACGCGCUGGAUCUUCGGAGAGGCGUUUUGCCGCGUCUCGGCCAUGUUCUUCUGGAUGUUCCUGAUGGAGGGAGUGGCUAUUUUGAUGAUCAUCAGCGUGGACCGCUUCCUAAUCAUCGUGCAAAAGCAGGACAAACUUAGUCCACGCAGGGCCAAAGUGUUGAUCGCAGUCUCGUGGUCUCUGUCUUUCUGCUUUUCUUUCCCGCUUUCCAUUGGCCACCCGGCCCUGUACAUUCCCCCCAGAGCACCGCAGUGUGUUUUUGGCUACACGGUUGAGCGUGGCGACCAUGCUUACUUGAUGCUCAUUAUGCUGGUGUUCUUCUUUGUACCAUUCCUGGUGAUGCUGUACACGUUCAUGGGCAUCUUGAGUACGCUCCGGCACAACGCGCUGCGCAUCCACUCCCACCCUGACUCGGUGUGCCUCAGCCAGGCCAGCAAGUUGGGUCUGAUGAGUCUGCAGAGGCCCUUUCAGAUGAACGUUGACAUGAGCUUCAAAACACGUGCCUUCACCACGAUCCUCAUUCUGUUCUCAGUCUUCACCGCAUGCUGGGCUCCGUUUGCCACCUACAGCCUGCUGUCCACCUUCAGUCACGCCUUCUACUACCGGCAGAACUUUUUUGAGAUCAGCACGUGGCUGCUGUGGAUCUGCUACCUCAAAUCGGCCCUGAAUCCUCUCAUCUACUACUGGCGAAUCAAGAAGUUCCGUGAUGCCUGCCUUGACCUGAUGCCCAAGUACUUCAAGUUCCUGCCGCAGCUGCCUGGCCACACCAAGAGACGUAUCCGCCCCAGUGCUGUUUAUGUGUGCGGGGAGCAUCGAUCUGUGGUGUAGUGGAGGACAUUUCUGAAGCUUCUUUUGUAAUUCUUACGGUACAAUCUUAUCAAGCUGUGGUAUGUUUGGUCUUUCUUCGAACCGCAGGAUGUUUUAGCUGUAAAAGAUUGUACAGAUGAGAAGGUUUACAGAGCCUGUAUAUUAAACUACUUUAAUUGCACAAUGUUUUUUAUAGGAUUUAGAUCUUAAUAGAAGUUUGUUCAAUCAGUCAGGUGCUGCUAUAUUUGGUGAAAAUGUGCAAUCUUCUGUUUUAUGACAUGAAUGUAAUAUGAUUUUGUGUGCUGUAUUUGUUUGUUUUUUUUUUUUCUGGCUUUGUGAUCUGUUUUACACUUAACCAUUUUCUAUUUAAUUUUAUUGUUGAUUGCUCAGCUAUUCUGUUUUCAAUUAUUUUCAGUGUGGAAAUAAAGGAAAGGCAUUUUGGUAUAAGCAUGUUCCAAACUGACAAGUAGAUGACUUUGUGGAGAUACAUGAUUUUUAAUGUGAAUUUUGAAAUUGUGAUUUCCUUGACUGGAAGUGAAUAAAAUCAUGGAAAUUAAUCAAAUUAAAACUCAUGGAAUUUGUGUGGUCAUAUACAUUUUUCUAGUUAUGACUCAUUGUGUAAUCUUUGUGUAAAUUCAUUUUUAAUCGACUGAAUGGAAAGGUCUCAGAAGUGUAUCGGCCGAAAGCUGGGGGAACCCUGUCAAUAUUUGUGUACAGCACAAGGUUGUUUUAUGUGUCAUA